AUGAGAAAACAAGACGAGCCCUAUACAGCCCAGGUUACUCCCGAUCCGGAAGCCCAACCGGCGGGAGCUGCGGGCGCUGCGGGCGCACCAGAGAAAGCCCUCGAUCCCGAAGCUUCAGACCAAUACAACCUCCCAAUCUGGCGCAAAUACAUCAUCCUCUUCGUGGUAAGCUGGAUGACCCUCGCCAUAACAUUCUCCUCAACCUCUUUCCUCCCUGCAACCCCAGAAAUCGCCUCCGAAUUCAACACAACAACCGAGAUCCUCAAUGCGACAAACGCAGGCGUGCUGCUCGCAAUGGGCUUCUCGUCGCUGAUCUGGGGACCCUUGGGUAACAUCUUUGGACGCAAAUAUGCGUAUAAUGUUGCGAUUUUUGUGCUCACGGGGUGUUCGGCGGGUGCGGCAGCGGCAAUUAAUAUGCGUAUGUUUACGACGAUGAGGGUUUUGGCUGGGUUGACGGGGACGUCGUUUAUGGUUUCGGGGCAGACGAUUUUGGCGGAUAUUUUUGAACCUGUUGUUCGAGGAACGGCUGUUGGUUUCUUUAUGGUUGGGAGUGUAGCUGGUCCUGCUAUUGGCCCCUGCAUUGGAGGAAUAAUCGUAACCUUUACCAGCUGGCGAAUCAUCUUCUGGGUGCAAACAGCCAUGGCAGGCUUCGGCCUGGUCCUCUCCCUCCUCUUCAUCUCAGGUGUUCAAGACCCUCCCACCAUGAUCGCGAAGAAGAAAGCAGGCGCGAAAGUUGGCGCCCUCGACAUGGUGGCCAUGUUUAAUCCACUACGGAUUAUUCGUCAGAUGGUGUAUCCGAAUGUUUUUCUUGCCGAUUUAACAUGCGGCUUCCUCGCAACCUUCCAAUACGCCCUCCUAACCUCUGCCCGCGCCCUCUUCAACCCCCGCUUCAACCUAACAACAGCCCUAGUAAGUGGCCUCUUCUACCUAGCCCCAGGCUCCGGCUUCCUCCUCGGCUCCGUAAUAGGCGGCAAACUCUCCGACCGCACAGUCCGCAAGUGGAUAGCCCGCCGCAACGGGGUGCGUCUGCCCCAGGACCGGCUUAAUUCGGGAUUGUUGACGCUGUUGGGCGUGUUGCCUGUGUCUGCGCUGAUCUUUGGUUGGACAUUGCAGGAGGAGGCGGGGGGGAUGGUGGUGCCGAUUAUUAGUGCGUUUUUUGGUGGGUUUGGGCUUACGGGGAGUUUUAAUGGGUUAAAUACGUAUAAUGCUGCAGAGGCGAUCCCCGCAAAACGCUCAGAGGUUAUUGCAGGAAAGUAUAUUGUGCAGUAUAUCUUUGCGGCGGCGAGUACGGCGGCUGUGCAGCCGUUGUUGGAUGCUAUUGGGGCGGGGUGGACGUUUACUAUCUGUGUGGUCCUCUCUCUCAUCGGUGGGCUUUUGGUGUGGACGAUUACGAAAUGGGGCUUUGAUAUGCAGCAGUGGGCGGAGAGGAAGUUUGAGUUGGAUAAGAAGCCUGGUUUUUAG